UAGAAACUAUGUCAGGGGUAUCCAUCAGAAACGGUGAUCUGAUUUGUAUUUCUUUGACUGUUCAUUCCAUGUUAAUUCACAUUUAUCCAUUCUUUAAAGAAAUAAUGCGUUGUAACAUACAUUACAAUAUAAACAAAGCUUAACUGAAUCUGGAAAUGCUUUGACCCUACUUCAAACAAACAUUUUCUCCCAAUCAGUGAGGAUUGUACUGCUGGGGUCAGUGACUGUCUCUGUGUAUUAAGAGGAAAUUGCUUGAUUUACAGUGAUUUCAGCACAUGUUUCACAGAACUGGAGCCUCUCCCAGCUUUCCAGACAUUUUUGAGAGGGUUUCUGUGUCGGCCUAGUUGAUUGGACAUAAAAUGCUGAGGUGUGUUGGACUAAGGUUUAACCCCCCUUUGGGUAAUCAUCAUUAUAUUACUGCAUGUCAAAUCUGGGUUCCUUGGAGUGCUUCAAAACAAAGCAGCCAAUACUUUCACACUCGGCUUGAAUGCUGUGAGUCCAGGCCUCAGUCCCGAAGAGAAUUCCCCCUGAAAUCUUUAUGGUGGGAUAAUUUGUUCCACAUGCCAGAGCUCACCCACUAAAUCACAGGGUCCCAGUAAUCAAUGCUUCCCUGUCUCAUUAUGGUGUGUUGUGCUGUCUCAGAACAGGCUUCUGGAGGAUAAAUGUCCUCUUAGAUACAGACAAUUCCUUGAAGUCUAAGUCAUGUUCUGGAUAGGCAUCACCUAGCUGGGUAUGUGUCCAAUCAGAUGCGGUCAGUGAAUUGGCUGAGAGAUUUACGUUGUAAUUCGUUUGCCCAGAGGAAGUUCUUGUUUGCUUUUCUGUUUCUAACUAUCUUUGUUGUUCUGUCUCCAAAGCAGAACUCUUUCAACACAUCACUCAGAUACUGUAAUACUGGAGGAACUCCUUUUCUUCCUCUCCUGUAGUUGAUCUGCAUAGCUAAUGUUUUGGAUUAUUUUCCCAUCUUUUAGGAUUUAGCGAAAAGUAUAAUCACUCUCGCCCCUUCAAAUUGAUCCAAAGUCAUUUAAUGGACUGGAUUAUAUUCCUAAAGACUCAAAGAUCUGAGGCAGAUGAUAGUAAGACAAUUUCCUCUGAUAUCUGGAGCUUAUUUCUGUGUAAAAUGACCAUGCAUGUCAGUUCCUCCAGGCGUGUGUUUCCCAGGAACAGCUACUUCAUUCACAAAUAAUUAUACCUUGUUAAUCCGUUUGUACGGCUUUCAUUUAUCUCAAACCUACUGAGGUUCUUGUGAUUACAACAUCUUGAUUAGAAAAUGUAAAUUUCCUGAGGUGCGAUAUGAUAGAUCGUUCUUAAGAAUGCAUUGACUCAGACAUGAUCCAUAUGCAUGAGUAAACUGUUUAGAAGUGUAGAAUAUAUUUAGGAACCAGGUGUUUAGAAGUGCAGACCAGCCUUUUAGAAGACAUAUGCAUGAAGUUAUAGAAUAAAGGCAGAAUUAAUGAAUGUGCUCUCCCUUCCCUUGAGGGCUCUGUGAGAUGAAUGGUCUUUGUCCCCAUUCACAGACUUUGGAUGACAUCCCUCUUGUUAUAGCAUUGUAUGGUGAUAACUGGAAAGGAAGUCCACUCACUCAUUUACGAGACAGAACCAGCGAGGAACUAACGAACAUUUGGAAUACAGAAAAGAGUAUUUAGAGUCACAUUAUCUCCCUUAAUUCCAUUCUGUUAAAAUAUAAUAAUAUGUAUAAGAGACAUGCCAGAGACAAGGGUAUACAGAAGGUGAGUUAAAUUGUUACUUUUUACAGUCAGUUGUCAAAGAAUCUAACUGCUCAACCUUAAAUGACUGCCCAUAAUAAGGCUGAAGGUAAGAUUUCCUAUCAAGAGAUUCUUCUGGCCCACAGGUAGGCUAAAACUUCGGGAUUCAUCAGGAAACAGAUAUUACACUGUUCUAGAUACAAAACCUGCUUGAGACAAGAGGAGGGCACAGACAGAAGGAAGGGAGGAAUAAAACGAAAGAGGCAAAAAUGACUUGGAACUAUGUGGGUAGACAUGGGAGGAGCUUGCAAAGUAUAAACUUGGAUGUUUCCUAGCAGUGGAGAGCCUCAGCACGGUAAACGAUGCCAAAAGUAAAUGAAGAGGACGAAUGCACCGUGGCAUCAACUGAACAUUUGACGGAUAUUGUUUAAAGUUCAGUCUUCUGGAACAUCCGUGAGACGCCAGCAGCUCAGGAACUGACGCUGAGAUCAACUCUUCGGGUGCACUGGAGCUGGACUCGGUGUGGCAUGCGUGGAUCAAAUAUUCCUGCAUAGUCCAAAUACACUCUCUUGUACUAAAAAAGAAGCGAACUUAUUUCGUAAGAUGAUCUGGUUAUUGUUUUUGCUCCACUGUGCUGCCGGCGUGUUGUCGUCUUCCACCCAGGUGGCUACAAUCUACCCUCAAGACCCGGCCCUUCCAAUCGGCUCCAGUCUGACAGCCACAUGCUCAGUGAAUCCAGACCACGGCGUUCACGCAGGCUCACUCUACUGGACUCUGAACGGAAAGCGUCUUCCCAGCAGCACCUACAGCGUUCUGAGCCCCACUGUGCUCAGUGUCACCCUCCCGCGUCUCUCCGGGUCCCGCCAACGCUCCGGAGACAACCUCGUGUGCCAUAACAGCGGGGGUCAUGUGCUGGCCGGCUCCUGCAUCUAUGUUGGCAUGCCUCCUGAGAAACCCGUGGAUCUUACCUGCUGGUCCAGGAACACCAAAGACCUCACCUGUAGAUGGGCCCCUGGGGGCCAGGGGGAAACCUUCAUCAAGACAAAAUACACACUCAAAUAUAAGCUCAGGUGGUAUGGACGAGAAAAGGAGUGUGAGGACUAUAGCGCUGGAGAGCCGUACACAUGCUACAUCCCCCGCGACCUCGCCCUCUUCACACCCUACGAGAUAUGGGUGGAGGCCUCCAACCAACUCGGAACCGCAACGUCUGACAUCAUCUACUUGGAUAUCUUAGACGUGGUGACGACAGACCCACCGACUGACGUGACUGUGAGCCGAGUGGGUGACCUGGAGGACCAGCUGACCGUGCGCUGGGGGACACCGCCUGCACUAAAAGACUUCCUCUUUCAGGCCAAAUACCAGAUCAGAUACAGACUGGAGGAAAGCAGUGACUGGAAGGUGGUGGAUGAUGUUGGGAACCAGACUUCCUGCAGGCUGGCAGGGUUGCGGCCAGGCACGGUGUAUUUCGUGCAGGUGCGCUGUAAUCCGGUAGGGAUUCUGGGAUCUAGGAAAGCUGGCAUUUGGAGUGACUGGAGUCACCCAACUGCAGCCUCAACACCGCACAGCGAACGGCUGCUGACAGGGUCAUGUGACUCAAAGGUGGGGCAGCAGAACUCCACGUUGCGACGGGAUUUGAAGCAGUUCUUUGGCUGGGUGCGCAAACACGCCUAUGGUUGCAGCGGUAUGAGUAUCAAACUUUAUGAUCAGUGGCGGGUCUGGCUGCAGAAAUCUCACAAAACGCGCAACCAGGUUCUUCAAGGAGAUAAAUCAUAGCACGUCGCUCCUGGCAGGCAAAACAUUUAACAACAACAGCACACUGUGGAAGAAUUCACAUUUUCCAGACUGCUGCUUGGCUCAGAUCAGGAAAGUUAAAGUACAGCUGGACUCAAAACGGGAUGUUCAAACAACAAAAGGUGUCGGGCGUUCGGUCCCUCGGACACAGAUUCAAUUGUGCAGUUCUCUAAAAUGCCUUAUUAUACAGGAAAACAAACUGUCUUUGAUAAUAGCCAUGGAGAUCACGUGGACUAUAUCCUUGCAACUCGCUAUCCGUGGAGACAAGUUCUUGAGUGUGUCGGGGAGCAAUUAAUUAAAGGUCAUAAUUUGCACAUUUAUUGAUGACUAUGCACAAGCCAUGCUUAGCCGACGUGACACAUGGUCUAUAUGUGGACCCAUGACCUUCCUAACUUUAGCCGACCUGUAUGUUAAAGAGGUUCCUCAUGGACAAAUGGAAAAUGUCUGAAUGUUUUUUCAGCCAGUGUUUUGUGCAAAUUUAAGACAACUGGAAGAAUAUUAAGACCAUCCAGUUUUACUAAAGGGAGUGACAAUGGUGACUAAACUACAGCAGUUUACCUAAAAAUCUGACAGGUAUACCUCACAGAAUAUCUUGCCACUUUUUAGUUUCCUAGUUCUUUAAAUAAUCGGUACAUGCAAUGCAAUGCUGAACAUAUCAAUACAUAGAAAUAAGCCUCUCACUAAAAUAAGUCCCACUGCCGUCAUAAAGGAGGACCUACAGACAUUCACUAUAUUCAGGAUAAAGUUGGAACCAUAGAGUGGACUCAGAAAAUGGCCAUUUAAUAAAUGGAGAGGAAGACUUGGCCAAAUAAUGUUGUUUCUCAUGUUUAUAUAUGUGUGUUGCAGUUACAAAACUGUAACUGUGUUUGUAGCAUUGAACUGUUUGAAAAUAUUUUUAUGUAUUGAGACAUUUUACUGCUUUUAUUUUUGUACUGAAUUGUAUCCGCAUAUUUAAAUUUAAAGUUAUGUUUUGACUCUUAAGUUAUGUGUAGGUAGAUUAUAUUAUUAUUGACUGAAUUGUUAAACCCUAAUAUUGUUCAUAAAAUCCUUCUUUAAGAUAAAACUUAUGAACUUAGUCCUUUUUGACCAAAAACAAGCACAAAAAAACAACCUCUGAAUCUGUAUUUUUGCAUUGUAAAAAUAUCUCUGCAUUCGCUAAAGAAAGAUAAAUCUACUAGUUUCA